GUUUUGGUAUAAUUUAAAUAUGGUUAUAUGUUACCAUGUGCCUUUCGAGGAAUCCAUACUUCGUUAGUGGAAAAAUCAACCAUCCACUCAUACACAAUUAAUGAAAAUUUACAAAGGUUGACACUAGAUACAAAACUGGGGUUAGAAAGUGGUAAUAUCUGUUAGCUUCUCAGAGUAAAACCUCACUGUCUCUUGAAAUGUACUUCAAUCACAUGUUGCUGGUGGUUCCCAAACCAAAACGUCAGUUCAGCAAAUGAAUACUGUCUUGUGAAACCAUUAUGAUUCAGAAAAAGGAGAGUCUGCUUUGGCCAGUUACCGGCUACACAUUUAUGAUUUGUGUAUCAAAUGAAUUGACUCACAAGCAGAGUUUGCUCGAACUGCUAAAAUGCUCGCUUUACAAGUUGACGGGGAACAAUGAAUACAAGUUUAAUGUUGCACUCACAGGUGUGAAAUACAUCCAAUUCUGUGAAGAGUUUAUAGCAUGUAGCCCAAAGACCAUAAAUGCUGCAAUUAGAUGGAUACAAAAUACAGAAUCUCCUUCAUCGCUUGAAUUUCUUUCAAGAUUUUGUUUUGAAUAUUUAACAAUAGAUGGAGUUUCUGAGGUUUACUUACUUCUUCCUGUUGGCUUUGUUAGUAUAUCGCAGGAUGAAGACAUUUUUCUGGACAGGAUUUCACACCUAAAUGUCAAAGUAGCCGUUCAUGUCAGGCUCAUCAUUUUUGAUAAUACUACAACAAAUGACCAUUCUUCAUUGUCAGAAGACGAAAAUUCUGAAAUCAAAAAGUUGAUACGCCUAUCUCAAAUCACUUUUGGAACAUUUGCAGUAAUUCGAAUUUGCUCCACUGUCAAGACAUGUACCAGUGGUUGCACCACAUGGUUAAUGGACAUUAAAAGAUCUAGUUCACAUCACACUACAACAUCAAAACGUUCUCAGAAAAUUCAGAUCCAUAUGUUACUAUACAAUGAACCUUCACGACAUGUCAUAUUACCCUGUGGGAAAGUCUAUCAACUGAAUGAUUCGAAAGAACAUGAACGCGUACUAAUGAAACCAACAUUGACCGCUUCCUUGGAAUUCGCCAAUACAUAUUUCGGGUCGCAUUCAUUCAGUAACUUCGACUGUUGUUCAUAUCCAAAUUUGUGGUCACGUGUUUCUGUAAAUAAGAAGUUAGUUGACGAUUUAAAUCGUCGAAUUUAUGAAUCAGCUAAGGAUGAAGCAAGUUCAAAGAAGUGUUUAUCUGACUGGUCAGCUAAUAAAUCUAGUCAUAUAUUGGAUAUGAUGAAUAACCGAGAAGUUCUGGCCAGGAGAUCGAAAGAUGGUCAUUAUUAUCUAGGUUCAAUUCAAAGUGUUAAAUCACACUCCCCUGUAGAUGAAGUUCUGGUACGAUUUGGUCCAAUAAAAUGUUUAACAAAUUCAAGCCUACUAAAAUCUAAAUCGGCUGGAUUAGAUUCUGAUAUAUUUUAUUAUGAAUGGAUUGAUAUUACAGAUAUCAUUGAUUUGAAACAUGCUAGAAAACAUCCAGUUGAACCAGGAAGCUGCGUACUUAUUCCACAAACUUGGCCUUUACCCAAAUGUCCUAACUCUAACAAAACCAAGCCAACUAAUCUCAAGAAUCUGCGUUAUUAUGCGGCUGUGGUAGUUUCUUCUUGCUCUGAACAACAGCAUGAGUGUGAUAAGCUAAAAGAAAUCAAUAAAAAUGCAGAUAAAGCUGAUGAAGACGUUGAUAGAAAACUGCUAGUUGAAUUAGCUAGCUGUAAUACUCGUGCUGGUUAUACUUAUGUUUCUGAAAAACAAGCUAUUUGGAUUCCAUACAAUACAUAUCAACGUAUUGUCUUAGAACAGUAUAUGUCACCAGAAAGUAGAAAAUGGUUGAAAAAUAAAACAUUUCUGCCUAAUUCAUAUCCAAUUUAUUCAGCUCCAGGCUAUCCUGCUGAUGGUUUUGCCAAAUUUUUAUCGAAUACCGGAAAUCCACUUAUUCAACCGUUAACUUUUCAACAUUUUAAGCGUGGUAUGGAUGUACAAUUCGAAUAUUGUCCUAAUCUACAAUGUAUGCCACUCUACUCGGUGGUGAAUGAUUUAUUGCCAACAGUCAAUGAUUGUCCUGUUUGGAUGGGUAACAGUACAGAAAAUAAAAAGCUGAAUAGACCACCGAAAAUGGUUACUUAUAGGGAUAAUGAAGAAUUGGGAGAAGAUGAAGUUGUGAAUGAUACUCAAGUUGAUUUAGUUUACAGAUCACGCAAUAUCAAACCUGUUAAAUAGAAUAUUUUUUUUAGAAAAAUUAUUUGUUUACUGAAAUAUGCCUAUGUAAGCAUUUUACAAUCAUGUAUUUUUCUUAGAAAAAGUCGUCUCAUGUAUGUUCUUUUUA